AUGCCAACGGCACCUGCGACUCCGACCCUGCCCCAAGUGUCCUUCGUCAACCUAUACUCGGAGGACCCAUGGAAGAAGCGACAGCGUGUCCGCAUCCAGCAGGCCUGCUCAGAAUGCCGCCGCCAAAAGAUCAAGUGCGACGGACAAAAGCCUUGCAAGUCAUGCAAAAAGAGCGACCGCAGCUGCAUCUACAAUGCAUCCGCCGGCAGUAAGGACGACCACGACCACCACAGCACGGCCCACGACGAACAUUCACCCGCUACAACAACCGCUGCCGCAACAACAGCCUCAACAACAAACAACUCCCCAACAGCACAAAAGUCAACACCCGAAGCGACCUCGACUCCAGAUUCUAACUCGUCCUCCGCAGAAAACUCCCAAGUCUCCACCCCCUCUCACCCGCACUCGCCUCACCCUUACUCAAAGUCGCAUCAGCCUCACCACCAGCCUCACAUCGUCCAUAGAGUCCAUCAUCACGCCCACCAUGUCCACCAGAACAAGGAUUCGCACUCGCUCUUUAUCAAGCAGGAGCCUUCUGACGUCGUCAAGCCUUCGCCUCUCCGGAGGGACUCCAAACACCACAAGAACAACGACCACCACCACGACAACGAUAAUAAGACCAAGAUUCAAGUCAAGGAUAUUGGCAAGUACGGUAUCCCUUUGGACGAGUGGCAAAAACAGGACGAUUCGACCCUCCAUGCCUCUCGUAAGACUGCUGGUUUGUACCUUUUCAACAUCUUUUUGGUCUUUGUGAAGAAACAAGGAUGCAAGUUUAUCUUGUACCUUUCGAUAAACCCUGGUAUCCCUGUAUCUCUUCCUACUUCAUUAAGGAACAAGGGCAGGAUAGCCCAGGCAAAGAGGAAUAUCUCGGGUGAAUCAAUGACAUCGUCGGGUCGACUCACUGACCCCUUUGUUUACCCUCUUCCCUGCCCCUCUCGGUCCACAUGGCCACUCUUCUGUCUAUUAUCAUAUCUAGGUUCGCAGAAUGCUAGUCCUCAUCCGAACCAGCAAUCACAACAGGCGCCUCCUCUUCAGCGAGAACCAAUGCAGGCGCAAUCUCUGCCUCCUCCUUUGUUCUCUGGCUUUCUCCAGGCGCCUGGAGCUCAAGAAAUGUUGCAGCAGCAUCAGCAAAUACAGCAGCAGCAACAACUUCAGGAGCAUAAUCGCCAAAUGCAGUUCCAGCAGCAGUUGCAGCAGCAGUUACAACAACAACAGCAACAACAACAACAGCAGCACUUGCAGCAGCAACAGCAGCAGCAGCAACAGCAGCAACAGCAGCAAAAUCAGAACCAGAGCCUCAUCCCCAGCCAAAGCCACAGUCUCAGCCAAACGCCAAUGUUGGUCCAAUCUCCGCCCAUCAACUCGAUCCAGGAUAUCAACACCUGCAUCGAUGACCUGGAGAGCAAACAUACCCACAACACCCUAGUCUACAUCAUGGAGUCUCUCAAGCUGACGGACACCACUAAUCAGACCUCAAGAAAGGCCUACGACCUCGUAGUCGAGAAAAAGGUUGAGAACCGUACCACCGUCCCAACCGAGAUGAGUCUCCCCUCGGACUUGUCCCUGCCAACACGAUCGACCGACCUCCCUAGCAUCGAAAUCCGGGAUCAUCUUGUCGACACCUACUUCACAUACCGAUACCCGAUCUGGCCCAUUGUCCACAAGGGCAUCUUUCUCACGCAGCUGCACGAUCCCAACAGCACCCCUUCGCUCCUUCUCCUGAACGCCCUCUUUGCGUACGCCUCUCGAUAUUCGGCCUGGUUGGUCCUUCGAUCGGAUCCGGAGAAACCAGAGACUGCCGGUCAGCUCUUUUUGGAGCGUGCUCAGGCUAUGUUGCCCGCCUUCCUGAUGGCUCCCCGACUCUCGACGGUCCAAGCCCUGCUCUUCUUGGCCCAAUUGGAGGACAACUCGACUCAGCGCCACACUUACCACAGUAUGGCUGUCCGUAUGGCUCAGCUCCUUGAUCUCCACAAGAGUUGCUCACACUUGGGCUUGCCUGAUGAUGAGAAAGAGACCCGUCGCUGUAUCUGGUGGACCUGUUACAUGAACGACCGCCUUCUCGCCCUCUCAACCCGCAAGCCCUCCAUCAUCCACGAUGGAGACUGCAGCAUCGACCUGCCUUUCCAGGAGCACAUCUAUGACGGACCAGGAAACAACUCGGUGUCUCUGUCGCAUUAUUACUCUCCACCACAGCUCUUCCACCAGCUGUUGUUGUUGAGCAAGAUUGUUGGCGGAGUCCUCAAGCACUUUACAAGAGUCGCCAACAAGCGAUAUCGCAGCCCCGAUGCUCACGAAGUUGCCUUGACCGCCUUGGACGAAUCCUUGUUCACCUGGUUGGCCUCCUUGCCCGACCAUCUGCAGUACACACCGGCCUCGGAAGCCUCGACCAUCAAGACUCUUCCUUCACCCUACGUCGCCGCUCUGCAUCUGUACUUUUACUCGAUCCUGCAUACUCUCCACAACCCCUAUAUGGACUCUUCCAACCCUCGCGCAACGAGCGAUAUGCCAAAAUCCUCGCCUGCUUUGGAGCGUUGCACCCUCGCCGCCUCAAUGAUCACAGGACUUUCUCGCUCGCUUUGUUUCCAACCACAGUACGGUCUCAACUUUGGCACGCAAUGCUACUCGAUCUUGCAUGCUGCCAUUAUGCAUCUCACCAACACCGCCAACACGACAUCCUACCAGAGUCUAAAGUCCAAGUCCCAGUUCAUUUCGACUCUGAGCGUCAUCAAGGCCUACUCUCAGCACUAUGCGUUCGAGGGUGUCAAGAAGAGUUCCGACGUCAUGGACAACAUCUACAACUGGCAGGUCGCCAGGCACCAGGACGAGCAGAGCCAGAACAAUACCCCGAGCCAGAGUCAGAGCCCACCGAUGGGUACUUCUGCUGCGUCGCCCAUCUCUGUCUCUUCUCCAAACAUGCACCCUGUCAUGCGCGAGGUCAGGCAUCCGGACCACCACCACAUCUUGCACCACUUGCAUCACCCAUACCUCCGCUCCGAUUCGUCGCCAUCAAGUCCCAAGCUCGCGCCUAACUCAGGAGCUAGCGCCAACUUUCCUUCGCUGUGUAUCCCCUCGUCGCCCGCUCAGACGCAUGAGAGUGUCUUGACCUCUAGGGCGCGUUCUCCUCAUCCUUGGCAGCUCACCCACAACAACAGCGUUGCCACGAGUAUCGCCAACACACCCACCAACAUUGGAAGUCCAUUGCUCAAGCAGGACUCGGACAAGACGGUUCCUGCACCGACAUCUGGACCCAACUCGACAGCCCAGGGUGUGGUUAAUUGCUCAUCGGAACCAACGCCCGAGUCAAAGGCGCUACUUUCUGACAUCUAUAGCUCAAACCCCACCAUCACGUUCGACAAUGGCCGUACUUCUCCUUUGGAUUCGACGUCUUUGGGCGCUAUCCUUGGCUUUGAGCUUCCUCACAGUGCGAACGAGGAGGAGGAUAAUGCCUAUUGGAACGCACAGGCCAACUCUUUGGGAGGCAUGGAUGGAUGGAACCAGCAGUUGAUGUCAGCUCAGGAGCACGUGUCGUACAAGAGCACCAUUGGAGGACCUGCCGAGUACUUGGGAGGCAACAACAGCUUGGGCAAUUUGGCACCCAACUACUUUGACACCUUGGCAGCCGAGUCUGGGGUUGACUUUUCUGGAUUCGGAGUUGGCGCUACAGGAAGCAAUUUUGGAUCGACUUCAUUUGGAGGAGUACCUAUGACUUCUAUGGGCGUUACCAACAACCUUGCCUUCCAGACCAUCCAACAGCGAACUCAACAACAACAGCAGCAACAACAACAACAGCAGCAACAGCAGCAUCAACAGCAACAUCAACAGCAAAGAUCCACGUCAUCAGACCAGCAACCUCAGCAACCCCAGCCACAAAAGACGUUGCACUUCAUCCCCACUUCACUACCAGAGUCUCAACAUAUGUAUAUCAAGCAGGAACCGUUCCAGUUCUCGCCUGACCUUGUGAAUCAAGUCUACCAGAAGACGUUAUCAGUGAUGGAGACUGGCCAAGGACCGAACGACAAUACGCCACAGCAACAGCGUCAGCAGCAGCAGAGUGUAUCGAGUAGCUUGAGCGCGAGUGCCAGUCCGUUGUCGGAGAUGACUCUUCCAGUACCGAACCUCAAGUCGGAGCAACAGGAGAUGCAGCAGCAACAGUUGUUCCAGCGACAAAUGUCGGAAAGCCUUCAAGGAGUGGAUAGUCCGGACACGACGGAUGGACUCUCGAUGGGACCCCUGGAUCUUUCGUCGGACACGUCAAGUUACUUCAACUCUCCCCUCGAAGGCCUCGCAGUGGACGAUACAAUAAUGAUGGAGGACAUUUCCGAGGAGACAUGGUAA